UUUCUCUGCCCUCUUUCUUUCCUUCUCUCAUCUCCUCUCCUCCAGCUCUCGUACUCUCCAACAAAUUCAACACCGCUCUCGCCAUGGGCAGAAGAAAGAUCGAAAUACAGCCUAUUACCCACGAGCGUAAUCGUUCGGUCACUUUCCUCAAGCGUAAAAAUGGCCUCUUCAAAAAAGCUUAUGAGCUUGGCGUGCUGUGCUCCGUCGACGUUGCAGUCAUCAUCUUUGAGGAGCGUGCCGGUCAUCACGUUAAGCUCUACCAAUACUGCUCAGGGGACAUCCAUGACAUCGUACAGCGCCACAUUCGAUAUGAUGGCGAAAAGGAUACUCGCUCGCCGCAUGAUUUCGCCAACAAUGCUAACCACAAGUUGGAAGACGUGGGCGGCGAUGACGACGAUGACGUUGAUGAAGACGACGGCGAUUUAGGUCACUCUCGUGGCCUCGCCGCCAGCGCCAAAAAGCGUGGUGAGCCCAAGCUGAAGACUGAAUACGGUUCAUCCGGAAAACUCAUGGUGCCUGGUUCUAAUGGAGCUGGAGACAUCAAUAUGGACGUCGGGAUGGAUUAUCACCGACCUAUGACUAUCCCCCCGCCGCCAAUGCCGCUCCAUCAUCCCUCGCAGUUGGCGUCGUCAGGCGGGAGUUCGUCUUCCCUCCCUUUGUCAAUCGAGCGGCAUUCGUCAUCAGCCUCAACCAGGCUUUUACCUAGCAACGGUCAGUACCCCUCCAAGAAACCACGCAUUGCGCCCAACCCCAACGGCGGUAACACUUCCAAACUCACUACAGAUGAUGCAAUGUAUAAUGGCUAUCUCCCGUCGCCGACGUCUGCGCACUCGCCCCCUUUCCGCCAUCCGGGCACAGCUUCACAUCAGCUUGCGCCAUACGGUGGUAGUUCGUAUCUCGGCGUAUCUUCGCCGCCUUCUUCUUCUUUUCUAUCGUCAGGGUUUGAUUUCCCCUCGUCGUCUUCUAGAGGACCCUCGUCCCGGAGCAUGAGCUUCAGUCAACAGCGCUCAUCAUUUUCUCAGCCGCAAGAACCCCAUCUGCAUGGAAUGUAUCAACAGUUAAUGCGUCAGAAUCCACCUUCCCACAGCAAUCUGCACCCGCAACAGCCCGCUCCAGAUCUGCUUGUUGCAUUCCUUGAUGGCGAGGAACACAGGACACCGCAAAAUCAGGGUUCACAAUUCGGGCAGUUGGAUUGGCCAACCCAUGCGCCCCAACAGCCGCACCAUCAACAUCCGCCCCAGGCUCCACACCAUGAACCAAGUCAACCUGGUCCGGGUGACACCAGCUGGCUUGACUUUUUGUCGCACACCACUCCACAAACAGGAAGUCAGCAACUGCACAUGACGCUACCUCCGGCUGGUAGUCGAGACAGCGUUUCAUGGGAACGAGAACGAGACAUUGAAUACACUGCGGAGCGUGCUGGUGACGCUCAGGGUCCUCCGUCGGAUAAAUCAUCAUCUGUCAACGGGGGUGGAGCGAUCAUGUCCCCACCGCUGAGUCGAAAGCGAAUGCGUGCCGACUCUGCUGCAGACUUGCGUGGCAAGAGGGAGGGUAGUUCGCCCGGAAGGCUGAAUGGAUCAAGCGUCGUACAGGGAGACCAAGGUCGUGAAUCGAGCAGUAGUAACGGACACGGGCAUGCCGAGAAAGAAGAGUAACCCCUCGGGGAUCGACGCUGAGACUUGUAUGAUAUGGUACGAUAUGCUCUGUGGACUCUAUCGGAUUUUCGAUCAGUAUCUUUUUUUUUUUUUUGUUUUUGCUUCCGUAUUGCUCUGAGAUAUUUCCUGUUACAUGUUUACUAAAAGACGUCGUAUCUUUGGACACUUUUAAUCAGCUGAUGAGUUCUAGGUUAAGAAGCUAAUGGCCUACUGUCGAAGUCGUGAAUGCCGGAAAUAUCUAACUUGAAGAAGAAAAACAAUCGCAAGAGCCUGGGAGCUUGAUGUGACGAGGUUUCCAUGAUUUCUGCCAGUGAGCGGUCUUUGUCUACCCUCUGCCCACCAUACUGUCCUCGAUAAAAAGGAAAACAUAAGGAUCGAUACGCGUUCUUAAUAUAUUAUCAGACAUACCAGU